AUGAAUUUAAACGAAGUAAAUAACAACGCAACAUCUUCGCGGCAGUUGGUUUUAACUCACCAAGUUGAAAUGUCUACUGAAGAGGAUAAAUUUGUGACUUUCGGCCCUGAACCCGCUGAACCCUUGUCGGAUAACACCGUAGGAAAAGAAAUUUUUGAAAAAUUGCUGGCAAAUUCUACAAAUGACAAUGCGCUGAUUGACGUCUUCACUGGCAGAACCCUCUCUUACAAAUCGUUGUUGCAAAAGUCGUGUGAACUGGCAGAAGCUUUACGUAGUAAUGGUUACACAAACAACACAAUUCUCUCAGUUUGCAGUGAAAACAAUUUGGAAUUCUUUAUCCCUGUCCUGGCAUCUCUUUUCGUUGGCUGUAUUAUGGUUCCUAUCAGUUUCAACUACGAGUCAUAUGAGAUGAACAACAUCUUGAAUAUCAGCAAACCCAAAGUAAUUUUCUGUUCCAAUAGUGUAUUAUCAAAAGUUUUGCACUUAAAAACACGUCUGUCUUAUUUAGAAAAUGUUAUUGUUAUUGAUUGCAACGAGCCAGUUCUUGAAGCGGAAAAUCUGGAUGAGUUUAUGAGAAGGUCAUUGAAAGAAAAAUUGGUGUUACCUUCUAAUUUUCAGCCGUUACAAGGCGACUCAGAAAAACUAGGUGCCUUUAUUUUGUGUUCUUCAGGUACUACUGGUAUGCCCAAAGGCGUAUUACUCUCACAUAAAAACAUAAUGGUUACAUUACUACACUCAAGAGAUCCGAGAUACUCCUUCAAUAAUGCAACCGCACUGGGACUGAUGCCCUUUUUCCACGGUUAUGGGUUAAAUAUUGGCCUUACCGCUAUUGCCAAUGGGCAAAAGCUGGUUAUACUCAAAAGAUUUGAAGAAGACACGUUUUUGAAAUCUAUACAAGAUUAUGGAAUUCCACUUUUAAUCAUUGUGCCACCACUAGCUGUAUUUCUAGAGAAAAGUUCGAAAGUUUCCAAAUAUGAUCUAUCUUGUGUGGAGGAGAUAAUAUGUGGAGCUGCUCCAUUGAGUAAGAAUACAGAGCUAGCUUUAAGGACAAGAUUAAAAAAUCUUAAAUUAUUGCGCCAAAUAUAUGGACUAACGGAGACGACAUUUGCACUUACCAGAACCGACAAAGAUAACAAAAGUCCAGGAUCAUGUGGAAAAAUUGUAUCAUUUAUGUCGUGCAAAGUCAGAAAUCCACAAACGGGAAUAUCCCUAGGUCCUAACCAAAUUGGCGAGUUAUGUUUCAAAGGGCCCCUAGUCAUGACAGGAUAUUAUGGUAACGAGGAAGCUACGAAAGAAAUCUUUACCCCUGAUGGAUGGCUAAAGAGUGGGGACCUUGGAUAUUAUGACGAACAAAAACGCUUUUAUAUUGUUGACAGGCUCAAAGAACUGGUUAAAUAUAAAGGAUAUCAGGUAUCUCCUUCUGAACUCGAAGCAGUUUUGUUACGUCAUCCAAAGGUUCGAGACGUAGGUGUAGUUGGAUUACCAGACGAAAUCUGUGGAGAACUCCCUUUAGCUUUUGUGGUGAAAAUUGAAGAAGUCACCGAAGCUGAACUACAAAAAUAUGUUGCUAGUAUUGUGUCGCCGCAAAAGCAACUUCGAGGGGGAGUAAUUUUCGUUUCAGAAAUUCCCAAGAAUCCCAGUGGGAAAAUACUGAGACGAGAGCUGAGAGACAGAUUAAAGAGCUAUAAUCACAACAAAAAUUUUAAUAUGUAAUUAUUGAAUUAAAUGCGGUGGAAAGUGAAUGUAUAGCGUCAUAUUUGACUUAAAAAUGAAAUCGCUUCAAAAUUAAAGUUGAUUUGUCUCUCUAAUUGUCAAAAUUAUAUGUACACUCUGUGUAUUUAACCUAAAAUUAAUUUUAACUUUUGUGCAUAAAAUUUAAAUUAAAUAAAUAAGCCUCAGAAUUAGAAAUUAACUAC